CCUGGAUACAGGAACCAGUAUCCCCUUCGCCGCUCCACGUUUCCAAGUAGCAGCCAGCGGAGAGCUUCCUCCCCCUCCUCACACCCAUUGGUGGCCGGGCACGCCUGAGUCCAGCCUGUGCCGGGGCAUUCCCUAUCCGCUCCGGAGGAAGUAGUCACCCCAGCGCGGUCCUCCAUUGGCCCGAGCCGCUGUCAGUCGAGGCUGCCUCACGUUGAGCCCCGUCCUCUUCCCCGGCUCCGUGUCUGCUCAGACAGCCGUCAUAUUGGUUGCUCCAGGCAGAGAAGAGGAGUCCCACCAUGAUGAGGAACGGACUGUCACGGCGGUUAAAGAUCAGUUUAGCGUUCAGGUCGCUCUGACCAGUGUUUUUAGGGAUUUAUUAUUUAUUUUUUUUAAAUAUUCGGGAUGAUACCAUCAAGAAUCAGUGUUCGUUCUGCGCUUUCGUCCGACGCCGUGGUCCUCUGGGGGGAUAUAUGCCCGAUUUUUCUUCAUAGCCAUUUUUUACAGACAAAGAGAGACGUUGAGUAGGGCUUCCAGAAAGAGAGGGGUCCGAGGGGCUCCUUUUCCUGACGACAGUGGGCAACAUGUGGAGCAGCCUGAAGAGCAGAUGCCAGACUCUCUUCCACAGCACGGGAUCGGCUGAAAGCAGAGUAGAGGUAGAAACAGUGCAGUGUGUGGUGGAUCUGGGUGAGGCAGACAACGCGGUCGAGACCCGGGGCCCUGCCGCCGCCACCACCAGCCCGUCAUGGAGCCUCAUGCCAGUGCCGGUAGUCGCCACAGGACGCCGCCAUCAUAACUGCGUGUCGGACAUCCCUCAGAUCGUAGAGAUCUCCAUCGAUAAGGAGUCGGAGGAUUCCAGAGGAACAUCUGGUGGUGUCCCGAUGGCACGGAGGGACUCUUACUCCCGACAUGCUCCUUGGGGGGGCAAGAAGAAGCACUCGUGCUCAACAAAAACCCAGAGCUCUCUGGAAGCGGACCGGCGUUCUGGGCGGUUGAGAGGCUGUGGGAACCGCCGUGAUCGGCGUUACGGUAUCAGCUCCAUCCAGGAGAUCAACGACUCUGGAUCUGGAGGGCGGAGCCUGAACACUCGCUCGCUGCGCCAGCGGCUGAGCGACACGGUCGGGUUGUGCUUGCCCCUACCUGCUCGGCAGCGCUCACACCCUAAGAACCCCAUCAACUCCAAACGGAAAAUCCACCUGACCGAGCUUAUGCUGGAGACUUGCCCCUUCCCGCCGGGCUCCGACCUCGCACACAAGUGGCACUUGAUCAAGCAGCACACGGCGCCAGUCAGCCCUCAUUCCUCCACCGCAUUGCUGGACGCCUUCGACCCGGCCCACCCGUCGCCGGAGGACGAAGAAGAGCGCCUGCGCGAGCGCCGCAGGCUCAGCAUCGAGGAAGGCGUUGACCCACCUCCCAAUGCACAGAUUCACACUCUGGAGGCUUCAGUGCCGGGCCCCUCUCUCUACAAACUUGGACCAAAGAUGGCUCCCAGCAUUGGCGAGGUCUCCGGGGAAGCGCGCACCGGCGGAGCGUCCGGCUCAGCGGGCGCUGCAUCGUUGGGGGCGUGCGGAUCGAUGUUGGGGGCUACGGCGGCGUCCCAAGACUGCGACUCUGAGGAGGACUCCACCACCUUAUGUCUUCAAGCCCGCAGGCCGAAACAGCGGCACGCCUCCGGAGACGGCCACCAGAGCCGGCAGCAGCCCGGGCCCUGGAAGGUCCACACCCAGAUAGACUACAUCCACUGCCUGGUGCCGGACCUGCUGCAGCUCACCGCCCUGCCCUGCUACUGGGGCGUGAUGGACCGCUACGAGGCCGAGGCACUGCUGGACGGCCGGCCGGAGGGGACCUUCCUGCUGCGUGACUCGGCCCAGGAGGACUACCUUUUCUCCGUCAGCUUCCGCCGCUACAACCGAUCGCUGCACGCCCGCAUCGAGCAGUGGAACCACAACUUCAGCUUCGACGCCCACGACCCAUGCGUCUUCCACUCUUCCACCGUCACCGGACUUCUGGAGCACUACAAGGACCCCAGCGCCUGCAUGUUCUUCGAGCCGCUGCUUACGGUGCCUCUCAACCGGACCUUCCCCUUCACCCUGCAGCACCUGGCCCGUGCCGCCAUCUGCCGAUGGACCACUUACGACGGGAUAGGCUCCUUGCCUUUGCCUCCCGCCCUGCAGGACUUCCUCAAGGAGUAUCACUAUAAACAGAAAGUACGAGUUCGCUGGCUAGAGAGGGAGCCGCCACUCAAGGUGAAAUAAGACGGGCCGAUUACAGAACUACUUUGCCCGUUGAGAGGCCAUACUGACUUGGCUUCCUUUCUGUUGGAGAAUAGAAUCAAGUAUAACAAUCUAAAGUUCAUUCUAAUCUCUGUUUUUGGUAUUAACUUACAUCACUGAGAAUACAUGAUUAUAUUCAGUGUAAUGCUGUCUGUCGAGCACGUUUUUAAGCUGAACAGGUUCCUAUUUUUGUGCUGAACGUCUGUGCUGAACCCCCACCACGACCACCAACCCACUCGUACACCUGCCUGCAUGCCCCCCCCUCUCUCUCUUCAUACCAAAUUACUAUUUCAAGCUGUACAGUUCACUUUGUGCGUCCCUAUUUACCUUCAGAAACACUUCAUAGAGCACCUUACUAGAGUGGAGAGGGCAUCUGCAGGCGCCUCCUGUUAUUUACGAUGCACUCGUUGCCUCCUGUUUGCAUGCAUGAGAUCAGCUAAGCCACUUUAAAGGUGACCUAUUAUGCUUCCUUCAACAGGUUAGGAUAGAUCUAUGGUCUGUACCAGGGGUGCCCAAAGUUGGUCCUCGAGGGCUGGGAUCCUGCAUGUUUUAGUUCUCUACUUGGUUUAACGCACCUGGAUUAACGGAUGGCUCUUUAGAAGGCCUAAGAAGAUUUUGGUAUUUUGGUAUUACCAAAAUACCAAAAGUAAAGGUUGUUACCAAAAGUAACAACCUUUUGACAUCCUGAAAAGCUUGUUACUACCAGCAGGGAGAGAUCUAAAACAUGCAGGAUGCCGGCCCUCGAGGACCAACUUUGGGCACCCCUGGUCUAUACAAAACAUUUCCAUUCUUCUUUUUUUUUCCCACAAAACCAUUUUUGGAUAAUGAGAUGUUAGCAUGUUCAGUUCUGCUUAGAAUGAGCUCAUUUGGUGCGUCUUGUCACUUUAAAUCUAAAUAAGCUGCUGUCUACCAUCCCUUUGCCCCCCCAACUCAAUCUUUACACUCUUGCGUGAAAAUGGCUGUAGACAGAUGCACAAUUAUACAACUAUGCAUCUUUAAAAAGCAUAAGUCAAAAAGAACGCAGCAAGUGAUUGUAAAUCAACAACAAAACAUACAGCAGUAAAACCAGCUGACCAAAUGUGCUGCAGUGCUGCUUGGGUUGCUAGGUAAUGGGGAUGGAGUUGCUAGGUAGCAGUACAGUGCUUGUGGAAUGUGACUGAACAAUCUGGAGGUUUUUGAAAUGACUCAAUUUCCAGACACCUUUUUUUUUUUUUUUUUUUUAAGCGCUGGGUUGUUUUCAGAAGCAGCUAAGACCCAAAUGGAAGUACAAAAAACUUCCAAAAUUUGAAUUUUGCAUAAUAGGUCCCCUUUAAAACCUAGGCAUAGGGAUUCUGAUCGGUAAACUGAUUUAUUCAUUAUGACAGUCAUAUCUUCACUAUCAGUGUUCGUCCAACAGUCAGGAACUCUGCUGUCGUCAGCUCUGCAGUGUUAUUUGUCCUGAGCUGUUGCGUAGCCUUCAUUCCCGCUUUCUUGACCCAAAAAUCUGGUCCACUCAUUGCCAAGUUUACACAAUGCCAGUCGGCCAUGAUAUUAGGAACGCCUCUGUCAGACCCACCAUCAUUCAAAGAGAAAGUCCCACCUUUGACCCCAAGCAGGGUUCGCCCUGAGGUUGUCGUGUGGCUUUGGGAAGUUAACCGCUGUAGCUUUGGGUUGUAACAUCAUCCAAUUCACACGUUCUUAUAGAUUUCUGCGAGAGCGUUUAACGUUGUGGCUAACAGGCGUCUCGUCAUGAACACACCUUCAACUUUUCCUCAUUUUGCCUCCUUACGACCACAAACCUCAGUAUUCUUCUAGGAUUUUGUAUGACAGGCAAGCAGAAAGCAGCUCAGAGUUAUUAGAUUGUUUUUUUUUUUUUGUCUUUUUAAACAAUACAAAUCUGAAAAGUGUGGCAUGUAUUUGCCCCCCUGAGUGAAUACUUUAUUGCAUCUAAUGGUACGUUGACCAACUUUACAGACUGAAUUUUUUCCCCAUUCUUCAUGCAGAUCAGAUGGAGAACGUCUAUAAAUGGCGUUUAACUUGUGCCUCAGCUUCUCGUUAGGUUCUAGCUCUGGACUUUGACUAGACCAGAGGUCAGCAACCUGCGAUUUCAAAGCUGCGAGUGGCUCUUUGGACCUUCCACAAUGGCUCUUUAUAACUUUGGUAAAAAAUGAUGAAGACCUAACUAAUGAUUUAAAUGUACAUGUAAUAAGAAAUGCAGGGUUUUACAUUUUUCCUGCAAUGUCUGCAUUGAAUUUGCACCAGUAGUGAUUUUAUUUUUUGGAAAUUAUGUGAACUUAUUUCUUAUAUCAUUUUUCACCGCUCACAAAAAAAUAUCUUUUUGCAAAAUUUUAUGUUUAUCUUUACUUUAAAUUAGAAAAAUAUGGAUAGUGGAUAUUAUCUAAAAUUAUAACUUCUCUUUUGAAAAACAUCUUGAAACAAGUUUUCAAUUCAAGAAUUAUUUAAAUAGCUGCCUGUAGUCAAUGAAUACUUAUAUUUUAAUAUAAAUAAAAACUGAUUCGAGAAAAAGGUGCAACACAACUUCUCUGACUCUUGUGGAAGAACUGGUUUUUAUUUAGAGGUAUCAGAAUAAAAAUACAUGCCACACUUUUCAGACUUCUAUUUGGAAAACAUCCCUUUUGUUCUGCUCUAUUACAUUCGUCUUUACAUGCAGAAUGUUGGAAAACAUACUUUUGCAAAUCAAAGUGUAGCUCUGAGUCCAAACUGUUUUCGCACCUAAAGAUUUUCAUUUUCUUUUUUUUAGCAUAUUCUCAAACAUUUCAGGUGUGACUUGGCAACCGCUGGCUGCCCUGUCACUUCUGUAAAUAAGUUUUACCUUUGUGCCUUUCAGUAGCCAUCGGUCUCAUUGCUUGAUAGUCUAAACCUGGAGCAAUAGGUGCUUUAACUCGGUCCGUUCAGAUGAGACCGGCCGAAUAACCGUGAAGAGGUGCAUGAGCUUUAAGCUCACUAACUUUCUUGCACAUUAAAGAUUGCAGUUUAGUGGUGCUACGUCUAAUUAGGAGCUGAUCGUUAAAUUAGGUUAGUUUGUUACUGUUACUCACUAAUGCAUGUAUUAGUCUUUUGUCACAUAGUGUUAGGCUGUUAGUGGGUCAGUAGGUUGCUGUUCUGCUGUAGGCAUCGCGGUCCAACAGUUUCUGGUCUGCAGCUGGAAUAACAAACGCAGUUUAUCCUCUACUGCGAGCGUGUUUUUAACCGAAUCAUGUAAAACCCAACAAGUAUUAAAGAAAAUACAGCAGCAGGGUUGUUUGAAUUCACUGUGUUUUCCCAGUAAAAAACUGAGCUGCCUGAGGAAACAGUGUUGGUUCCCCUAACUGUUCAAGAAAAUGCAAAAGUGAAACUUCCUGGGACGUGUGAACAUGCAAUCCGUUUAAAACAAGUCUGGAAAACACCGCCUUUCUUUUUUUAGUCAACAUCACACAUGCAUUUUAAUAUUUUCCUUAUGUUUAAAGAAAAUGUCUGUGACCAAACUUUAGUGUUAUCCAAGCUGUUAUUUUAUUACAGAUUCAGAUCAAAGUUUGUCUUGAUCCCAAUCAGUCGGCUAAUGAACACCCAAAUAAAUGGAAAUAAGAAAGUUAUAUAGAAUUAAAUUAGUCAUCAGAUUUGUAACAUUUUAUUAUGUUUUUAAUUAAAGAUAAAGUAAUAUGUCAUGCAAAGAUUGGACCGGACAGAACCAGUUUUCAGCUGCAGGACUUUUUCGUUUCCUCAGACGCAAAUCUGAACCUCAUGCUGCAUGUUCACACUUCCUCGUGUUCAAAGUUGUUGUGACUUUUUUUAAUGUCUGACACUUUGACGUCCACCGAUCCGUUUAUGAAAUCAUGAGGAUAACGUCGUAAUAUUACAUGAAUAAAGUCGAAUAAGAAUAAAGUUAUACAACAAUUAAGUUGCAUUAUUGCAAGAGUAAAAUUGUAAUAUUACAGGAAUAAAGUCGAAAAUUUACAAGAAUAAAAUGUACGAAAACAAAGUCGUAUGAGAAUAAAGUCUUAUAAUAGAUGUAAUAUCACAAUAAUAGUGGUAAUAUUAUGAGAAUAAUCUCACAAGGAUAAAGUUGUAAAUUACAAUAGUCGUAAUAAUGCCAUAAUAAAGUAAUAAUACUUUGGGAACUUAUACAAUAAAAACUUUAAAAUGAGGAA